AUGUUAUAUUGUUUUCUUGUGUUCGAUCUUCAUCUUCUGGAAAUAUUGGAUUUCUUUAAGAUGGAAGAAGAGUUAAUGUUGCCUUAACAAGAGCAAGAAAUGCUUUAUUUAUUUUUGGAAAUGCAAUUACAGUAAAAAAUAUUAUUAUUAUAUUAGUUGGCAUAAUGUUAAUUAUGGAAGAACCUAUUAUUAAAUUUGCACAAUAGGAAGCUUUACAGAUAUGUUGGAAAAAAUGAUUAUUUUUCAUUUAAAAUUUUAGCAGAAGAUAUUUGGUUUGAUAGAUAAAGAAAAAUUCAUGACUAACUAUUAAAUCUUUUGA